CGUCCACACACGUCCGCUGUGCAACUCCUGCGAGAGCGUGUUACAACCCCAAUUCCGUAACAACAAAGAAUCCGCCGGUGUCCCCUCCCCUCCAUUCCCCCAAUCGUCACCUCAACAAGUCCCAAAAACAGUCGGUUGGACCAGCAUUUCAAGACAAUCGCCAUGGCGGAGAAGUCACAAAUCGUCGAACAGAAGCCCGACAACACGUUGCCCCUACGAGCAGCUCUUUCCAGCAUUUUCGAGAGCAUCGGCGACUCUGUGAGUGAGAAGCAGUUUGCGGAGUGCCAAAGUUACCUCAGAUCAAAGCUACCAGAGUCCAAAUUCAACUCCGUCAUUCAGAAGCUUCACGAAAAGAUUAAGAAUGAUCUUCGGGACCGGAUGAACGAGGAGUUGGAGGGAAUGAUGACCGAAGAGAGUUUGGCCAGUGGCCUGGGGAAGCUCAAGCAGCUCUUGAUGGAAACACCGUACAGUCCUGAGGAAAUUGCUUGGAGACCGCCUGGAGAUGUCCCCCUUCACCUGCGAACGUUCGACGUCGCCAAAAUGGACGAGGAAACCGAGAGAUUGACGGAACUAGUGGACGAUCUGGAGAACGAGAACAAUCACCUCGUGAACGUCCUCACGAGAAAACGAGAGAAGAUCCUCGCACACGAUAAAAAAAUUCGGAAGUCAAUGAAAAUUGGUGCGGACAGUGUCAUGAGACUGGAGAAAACGAGAGACAAAGUCCAGAAGUACGUGGAUGAACUCGAGGAACAACUGAUUGGCGAUAAUUAAUUACCAAGUGCUCUCGAUUCACACAUUUAUUGACAAUACAUAAUAUUUAUGUAACUACAUGACUUCCGUGAAGUCCCAUUAAUGACUGCGAUAAUUUAUACUUCAGAUAUAUAACGAA